CGGGACGGAGGGAGUAUUAUUGAGAAGUAAGAAAAUGCACCAUUGUACCACUGCUUUCCAUUUCUCUCUAAUCAGUAAUCACCAAUUCUCAGACUAUCCAAUCUCUGUAGAUUUUCUUCGCUCCUCCUGCUCCAGUUAAGGUGUCAAGAAAGAACAGGUAGUAAUAGAAAGAGGUGUUGAUACAUAGUUGUAAAAGUUGACAGGAUGUCCGGACAGACUCAGCGCUUGAAUGUUGUUCCAACUGUGACAAUGCUUGGUGUAAUGAAAGCUCGGCUGGUUGGGGCCACGAGAGGCCAUGCAUUGCUCAAGAAGAAGAGUGAUGCUCUAACUGUUCAAUUUCGGCAGAUCCUCAAGAAAAUCGUUUCCACAAAGGAAUCCAUGGGGGAUGUUAUGAAAACUUCCUCAUUUGCCCUUACAGAAGCCAAAUAUGUUGCUGGUGAUAACAUCAAGCACUGUAUUCGCGAAAAUGUGAAAACUGCAUCGCUCAAGGUUAGAUCACAUCAGGAAAAUAUUGCUGGUGUGAAACUCCCUAAAUUUGAAUACUUCACGGAUGGAGAGAUUAAGAAUGACUUGACUGGUCUGGCGAGAGGAGGCCAGCAGGUCCAAGCAUGCCGCGCAGCAUAUGUGAAAUCUAUUGAGCUGCUUGUCGAACUUGCUAGUCUCCAGACAUCAUUCUUGACCCUAGAUGAGGCAAUCAAGACCACAAACCGGAGGGUCAAUGCGCUGGAGAAUGUCGUGAAGCCACGCAUAGAAAACACAAUAAGUUACAUCAAAGGAGAGUUGGACGAACUGGAAAGGGAGGAUUUCUUUAGGCUGAAAAAGAUUCAAGGUUACAAGAGGAGAGAGGUUGAGAAGCAGCGUGAAUUGGCCAAGGCGUAUGCUGAGGAGAAGGUUGCUGAAGAAAUGUCGUUGCAGAAAGGUAUCUCUCUUACUUCUGCCCAUGACAUGCUAUCCCAGACCAACAAAGAUGAGGACAUAAUCUUUUAAAAUGCGUUUUAGUUUGAUUUUGUACAAUUAUGUUGUGAUCCUGCAAGAUUUCUGCCUUAUGUAGUUAUUAUUUGGUGAAGAGCUUAUUCCCGGAAUAAGAGUCUUAUGUAUGUGUUGUAUUUAUUCGUCAACCUGUUGACAAUGUCGACUUUUGUUGGUAAGAACAUCUGCUCAUCUAUCUUUGUUCAACUGUUGCAUUUCAUAGCUUGAUGAUGUAAGUGAAUAAUCUAUUCAUGCAUAGAUUCUAAAGUUAAAAUAUUAUUUAAUCUAUUUUUCA